CCCGCCACACAGGGAAACCACCACUUGCUGUAUACAACGACUUUUCUUAUAGUGUUAUAAACUAAACAUAAUAUUUUGUUCUGCCCGAUUCUUUUCUUCUCUGCUGACUUUGCGCACUGCGAUUGAGUAUUUCACACCGUCAUUUCAAUUUUCUUUUGUCUAGUGAGAGAAAAAGAGCAUAAUUUUUUGUUAGAGAAGAAAAUUAUUAGAGGAGAGAGAGAUGGACGCAGUGGCGCCGCCGGAGUCCCAUGGUGGCGCCGUCGAGAGUGCGGCGGAGAUGGUCCGGACUUACAAGGCUUGGGAAGGGAGUAAUAUAUUUUGUCUUGGGGGAAGGUUCAUUUUUGGGCCAGACGCAAGAUCAGUCUUGCUGACGAUAGCCCUUAUAGUUGCUCCUGCCACUAUUUUCUGCAUGUUUGUUGCGAGAAAACUGAUGGAUGAUUUCUCUGGCGAUUGGGGGAUUGCAAUUAUGGUUGUAUUUAUUGUUUUCACACUAUAUUUGUAUUUGCAUUUCCAGGAUUUAAUGCUUCUUCUAUUGACUUCUGGAAGAGAUCCUGGUAUUAUUCCUCGCAAUGCUCAUCCUCCAGAACCAGAACACGAUAAUAGUAUGGAAUUCGGACCUGGGCAAACGCCCCGCUUGCCCCGGACCAAAGAUGUUGUAAUUAAUGGAAUAACUGUGAAAGUGAAAUACUGCGACACUUGUAUGCUGUAUAGACCUCCACGUUGUUCACAUUGUUCAAUUUGCGACAACUGUGUGGAACGAUUCGACCAUCAUUGCCCCUGGAUUGGCCAAUGUAUUGGAUUGAGGAACUAUCGGUUCUUUUUCAUGUUCGUCUUUUCAACGACACUUCUUUGCUUGUAUGUUCAUGGGUUUUGCUGGGUCUAUAUUAAGAGGAUAAUGGAUAGUGAGAAGAGCUCAAUAUGGAAAGCAAUGACCAAAACACCUGCAUCCAUCGUGCUUCUUGCUUAUACUUUCUUAGCACUCUGGUUUGUGGGCGGGCUAUCAGUCUUCCACCUAUACCUCAUCAGUACAAACCAGUCAACAUAUGAGAAUUUUAGAUAUCAAUACAGCAUGCGUUCCAAUCCUUAUAACAAAGGAAUAGUUGGAAACUUCAUGGAGGUAUUCUGGAGGAGUAUCCCCGCUUCCAAGAACAAUUUCCGGGCAAAGGUGCAGAAAAAAUCUGUGAUACCAUCUCACUCAAUGUCUGCUAGUUUUAUCAGCACAAAUGUGGGAACUGCAAAAGGGGAGCAAGAGAAGGCGAUGUGGGACAUGCCCAUCAACAGAGCCCUUGCAAUAGGGUCCAGUCGGAUAAUUCUGCCCGAUGGUGAUAAUAAUAUCACCGAAAAUCAGCAAUAGUAAUUGAGUUGUGUAAAUUAAAAGUCGAGGUGAAAAAGAGGAAGAAACUGAAAACAGCAUAGCUUAUAUGCUAGCUAAUGUGUGUAUAUGUAAUUGUUCUGGUAGAAUUCGAUUUUGCCAUUUCGUUUUCAAAGUUCCACCUUUCUCU